GAGGAACUCAGAGAGAUCACCAAACCCUAGCUAAAAAAGAGAACUAUGUUGAAGACGGUGGACAUGACGUCAUCUAACGGGAAGAGAUCGGUAGCUAAGAAAAUGACGACCCCGUGUUGCACGAAGAUGGGGAUGAAGAGAGGACCAUGGACGGUGGAAGAGGACAAGAUUCUUGUGAGCUUCAUCAAGAAAGAAGGUGAAGGAAGGUGGAGAUCGCUUCCUAAAAGAGCUGGCUUACUCCGAUGUGGAAAAAGCUGCCGUCUACGGUGGAUGAAUUAUCUCCGGCCGUCUGUAAAACGCGGUGGUAUCGCUCCCGACGAGGAAGAUCUCAUCCUCCGCCUUCAUCGCCUCAUUGGUAACAAGUGGUCCCUGAUCGCCGGGAGGAUACCGGGAAGGACUGAUAAUGAGAUCAAGAACUACUGGAACACUCAUCUUCGUAAGAAACUCUUAAGCCAGGGCAUUGAUCCUCAAACCCACAAGCCUCUUGAUGCAAACAACACCCAUAAACCUAGAGAAGAAGUUUCAGGUGGACAAAAUCUUCUAGAGCCUAAUUCUAGUUCUCACACUGAUGAUACCACCGUUAGCAGGGGAAGUGGAGCUGGCAAGAUCAGUGUCAGCGUCUUUGGUGAUGAGGACUUUGGUUUCUGUUACGAUGACAAGUUCUCUUCGUUUCUGAACUCGGUUAUAAAUGAUGAUCCUUUUGAUAGCAAUAUUCCAAUAAUAUCCCAUCCGUUGCAGACACAUGAUUUUAUCGAUGAGAUUGUUGGAACCUCGUCGAGCUUAGGACAUGACCAGAGACCAGAAGAUCUAUAGUUUGAUGAAUCGUGAUGUCGUUUAUAAAUACUAUCAUGGUUCCAUGAGAAGUGUGCUCAUGUUAUUUAAGAGGUUGGUAAUGUGUGCUAAGUUGGUUUGUGGUUAUCUGUGUGAUUACAAAAUACCUCAUGUGUGUAAUUGAUAACAUAAUCCAUUGCGUUUAUAUAUAUAUGUGUAUAUUUCUCUCUUGUUUAGUGAUAAAGCUUCUUUAAGGUUCUUACAGACAGUCUUAUUAAUUAGUCUACAUAUAUAUUACAUCAUCAUCUUAGUGAGUAUAAUUUUGUAGUGGAAGUGAAAUGAGAUCCGUGUUUAAUUCUUAACUAAGUACAAAUUACAAAAUGUCUUACACUAUAGUACGAGAUAUUUAUUUGUUUAAUUUCCAUCAAAAAAUUGCAGUCCAUCUGUAAUGUGUAUAUAAAAAGCUACUAGCCCUACUAUUCGGGAAAUGUUUACAUACUAAAGGCAAAACUCCAUUUCCGUGUAAUGCUAAAUUAUAAUCAAAACUCAAACCUUCCCAAUAGUAUUUUUUCUUCAUCCUGUUUUUCAAGCAUUAUCACAAGUAUGUAGAAGCAUGUAAUCAGUGUAUAUAUAUGGGUUGUAUAAUAAGUUGAAUACUCAAAGUUUCUGAAGUACUUUAAGCUUCACAUAUAUAUUUUCCAUAAUGUUUCUAGAACAGUGUCGAUUAAUGUAUUAACUUACUAUAAGUCUAUAAUGUAUAAUCGUCUCGGCAAAAUAUCUGGAGCCGAAGAACAAACCCGAAAUCAGAGUCUAGAACCCAAUUGGACCUAGGGUAUAUAACCAAAUGGGUCUUAAAUUACUAUAUGAAGAACCAGUAUAUAUAGCUAAAAAAUAUUAGUUAUAACUAUACUUGUAAUUAUUUUAAUAAUUUAAAUGAUAAAUUAAAUAUAUUAGCUAUUCUAAUACUUUUGAAUAUUUUCAGAUAAAUAAGAUAGUUUGGAUAAAAAAAUACCUAAACAAAACCAUGUUUAAUGAGUAUUUUUAGUUAGUUUUAGAUACAUUUGGAUAGUUUGAAUACAAACUACCCGAAUUGUAUCAGUAAUAUGGUUAGUUUGGGUUUAGAUACAUUGGCUAUUCAAUUAUUUUGAAUUUUUAUACAUCAGAAUCAAACUUAUCCAGAUCCAGGAGAAUUAUAUACUACCCAAAAUUUUGUAAUACCCAGAUGGACAUAAUUUCAAGAUCUGGAAAAUUCGAUACUCAAAAGAACCGACUGGACCUGACUACCCAUGCCUAAUGUAUAUGCAUGCGUACAGAUCCACCGUUUGACACAGUAUUGUGUUUACUUACUUCAUCAUAAUCGCUAGUGAUUACUGAUUGGCAUGUGCGUUCUCCCGUUAAACGAAAAUAACACCAUGGGUGUUUCACAUUAAGCUCCACAUUUAUGCUACACAAAAACUCCAAGAAACUAACGUUGUUAAUUACAGCAAUGAUGGGGCCAAACAAUCAGUGUGCUUAAUUAAAAACCUAUAUUAAAAGUCUUAAGACUAUAAUAUAGGUUUAAUAAUGCCGAGAAUUAAUCGUUUCAAAUAAGAGCCGUUAGAUUGAAAGACGUUUACAUUCGUUGACUUUAAACGAACUUCUUUGCAUGCGCGUAUUCUGCUCGGACCGAACAGUCUCUUUGACCCUUCGGUUCACAUCACAGCAGCAAAAUUUUAAACAAAAGAUAUACUCGUCAUUUGAAAGGACGGAUCAUAAUCUAGUUAGAUGAUAAAUAACAAUAUGGUUACUAUUAAUAUAGGAGUUACAAUGAUAUAAAUACAUGCAAAAAUCAAAUAAACCUCAUAACAACUUCUAUUUUAAUAGUAUAGAUAUGUAUAUUAAUUUCGACCCAUGAUAAUUUUAAAAAUCUAUUUAGACCCAUUAAAACCUAUUAAUUUUUUUUUAAAAAAAUAAUUAAUUUUUAAAAGAUAUACGAAGAAAAUUUUUCUAACGAUUCCAGCAAUAGCAAAUAAAGCUUUAGUUUAUUGUAAUUUUGAGAUUUAUUCGUUAAUUUUGUAAUUUCUUUGGUUCAUUUUUUUUGUGCUUACUCCAAGUGAAUAAUUGGAAGAUAAUAUUCCUUUCUUGAUAUAGUAUAAAACAUAUACGUUACCUAUGAAACUUAUAAUAUAAAAGGAUUGCUAAAAGAAACAGUAAAAGGAAGUAAGUGAGAGAACAUGGGUCCCACCCAUAUCAUAUGUUUCCUAUGAAAAUAAAGGAAGUUACGAAGUUACACGGUUAAACAAUAUUCGUCGUUAAAAAAAAAACGGCUAAACAAUAUUCCAGAUAUAAUUAUAUUAUAGAUACAGUUAUAUUUUUAGUUGGACAUAACUUUUAUCAAUGGGUCACACUGCUGUUUUAAUAGAAUAGAUAACUGAAAUUUUUUGGCACAACCAUAUAUAGACAAAUAAAAUAUACAAUGAUCAUCUUAUGGAAUAUAACUCAGAAGAUGUCUCUUAAGAAAUUUUAAUUUAUAGUUGGAUAUCUCAUUAAUAAUCUGGAUGGUGGAUACUUGAUAAGAUCUAUCGUUGUACUAAGUUUAAAAGAAAAAUCGUCAAGAAAGUGUGUAACUUGUGACUAAAACAAUCAAAAGAAACAAUAUUCCAACGAAUUAGGAGAACACUGUAACUGAUAACUAAAGACAUAGAAUACAUACAUAGCGAUGCAUAUACACAUC